AUUAUCGUUAAUUUUUAUCAAAAAAGAGAUUUUAGGUGCGUUAUGUAAAAUUCUUAUGAUAUAAACUAGAAAAAUGUUACUACUUAAUUGAAAGAUGCAAAUCAAAUAAAGGUACUAGGAUAAUCGAAUUAUUAAAUUUAAUAAUUAAAUAAACAACUCAUUAAAGAUAGUAACUUAGCACAAUAUGGUUCAAUUCAAUCCUAAAUUUAUAAUAAUCCUAUUAAUAACUAAAAUCAAAAAAUAAUAAUCUAAUAGUAAGUAUUACGCAAUACUAACAUUGUGCCUCAGUUUAUUUAAAAUACUCAAUAAUUUCAAAAUAUAAUGUAAAAGAAUAUAAAUAUGCUUAAGAAAUUUGAAAUGGAGACCUAGGUAUAGGAUCAAACUGAAACAAUUAAACAUAAAAAUGAUAAUAUAGUCUAGAUGAAUGAAAAUACAAUAAAAAAAGCAAAAUAAGGAAGUUUAUCAAGCGACUAUAGCUAUACGGAUAUUAAAAAAGAUGCAACAAAAAUAUUAGAAAAUAAGGCUUAUAGUUAAGGAAGUCCUUUAAAAGUGUAAAAUUUAAAUUAAUUAAGUGAAGAUAACAAAAAUGAAAUGAGCUAAAAUGACACAAAUAUAAAUCAAGCUUAGUCAGAUAAUGAUUAAAAGUAAAUAGAUAAUUAAAAGUUAUUUAAUGUCCUGGAAAUUGUUGAAAAAAAUAAAGAGAUAUUUGAGAAGGUAUAACUUCUUACCUAAGAAAUAGAGAGAUUGAAAAAUUUGAUCAUAGAAUACGAAGAAGACAAUAAACAGCUUCAAGAAAAGAAUGACUUGCUUUAAAAAAAUAAUAAAUAAUUGACUGAAAAUUAAUAAGCUAUUGAGUAAGAUAUUCAAAAGAAAUAACAAAGCUUAGAAUAAAGUGAAUAAAGGCGAAAAGAAUUGCAUAGCGCUUUAGAAAAUUUACAAUUACAAAUAAAAGAAUUAAAUAAAUAAAAAGAAAAUGCUGCAACUAUUAACUUAGAAAAUGAAAUAAAAAUCAAUUAAUUAUUAGAAGAAAACUAGAGAGUUUAAACAAUUAAUGAUAGUUUAUUUUAAGAAAAGCUUAAUUUUUAAGAGGAAAUAGCUAAAAAAACAUUAAGUUAAAAUUUAUAACUCUAACAGAUAGAAGAUUUGACAAAAGAAAUUCGCUAAAGAAAUGAAAUGAUUAAAUAACUUGAGAGUGAUAAAAUAUCUAUGAAUUAAUAAUCAAAAUAAUUAGAGAUAAUGCAUUUAUAAUCAACUAUUGAAACUGAGAAAUUAGGAAUAGAUCUGUUAGAAGGAAGAAACUAAAUAGAGUAGCUUUAAUAAACGAAUAGUGAAUUAUAACUUUCAAUAGAAUAAUUAAAUGACAAAAAUUUUGAUUUGCAAAAUUCAAAGGAAGUGAUUAUAAAUGAACUUAAUGUAACAAGAGAGACAUUUCUUCAGAUUAAAUCUGAUUUAACAAAUUAAAUAAGUCAACUUUAAGAAGAGAAUAGAAAUAAAAAUUUAACUAUUGACUCACUUAAAAUGGAAAAUUAAGCUUUUAAUAAACAAGUAAAAGAUUAAUAACUUCAAAUUUAGUAAAUGAAUAAAAAAAUAACUGAAUAGGAAGAGCUUUUAUAAAAAUACUAGCUUUAAAUAGCAACUCUAAAUGUUCAGGUUUAAAAAGAAAAAGACAAUUAUCAGUUAGAAAUGCAGAAAUAGUAGUUAUUCCAAAGCUAAGUGCAAGAACUUGCGGAGGUAAAUUAGUAAUUACAAGCCAAAGUAAAAGAUUUUCAAAGCAAGUACUAAGAAUAGAUACUAAAAAUUCAGCAAUUAGAAUUGGUAAUCUAAUAAAAAAACUCACAAAUUAGUAGCUAAUUAGAAUAAAUAAAGGAAAAUUAAGUUUUAUACAACAAUCUUCUAAAAAAUAAUUAAGAAAUAUUAAUGUUUAACGAAGAGCUUCAAAAAAAUGAUGCUUCAAAACAAACUAUUGAUGAAUUGAAUAAAGAAAAACUUGAAUUGAUAGGUAAAAUAAAUCUAAUUUUAUCUGAGAAUGAAAGGGUAGUAAAAGUAAAUGAAAAGUUAGAAAAACAAUUACAGUAUAAAACAGAAGAAAUAGACAUCAAAAAGAAAUUACUUCUAUAAUUUUAGAAAGAAAACGAGAGUUUCCGUUCUUAAAUUAACAGUCUUCCUUAGGCUGAUAGAGUAGAGACUCUAUUAGACACAUAAAAAUCAUAAAAUUAGAUUCUAAUGCAAAGACUUUCAGAAAAAGAAAAAGAAAUUCAAAUAAUAAAUAUGGAAUUUGAGUAAAUGAGAAUUAAAUUAUUACAAUAUUAAUAAAAAGAAUAAUUGUUAAACUCAGAGGAUGCUUCUCAAAUGCAACUAAACCACUUCAAAUAAAAAAUACAAGCUUUUUCUUCAAAUAAUGAUAAACUCUAAAAUGAAAACCAGUAAUUAUAUGAGUUGCUUAAAUUAAGAAAGUAAGAAAUAUAAAUUUUGAAUGAAAAGUUAGAUAAAAGAAAUAAAAAUACAAUAUAAGAAACAACAAAUACAUAACAAUCAAACGAAUCUAAAAUUUGA